UUUUAAUAGAGUCUUCCUGUUGAAGAGUUCAUACAUGUGAUUUGUGAAAGCUGAGGUGGACAGUCAGACAGACAGACAGAAGUAUCCCAGGAAUAAAGCAUAAUGGAGCACACAUCUAUAACUACUUCAAAACCACAAGGGACUUUACUGUUUUGGGUCUGUCUGUGUCUAAUGGUCUCAACUCUGCAUACUCUGGUACCAAAUGAACAGAAAUACAUUGUGAGACAGACUGCAACAACCCCACCAACAGACAUACAAACCACUGCCUACACCAGAGCAGAUGCUGGACAUGGAAAUGGAGGAACAUUUGGCUGUGGUAACAAGAGCGUCUGUGACAUAUACUGUUCAGUUUGUGUGAACAGUUCAAUCAGAACAUGCUAUGAAAUGCUGGUGGUGCACUGGUGUAGAUAUCAUUUUAAUGUGGCUAUGGCGUCCAUGAACAGUACUGUCUGGUGUUCUUUGGAGAGAGUAAAAAGUGCAUACAACAAUUUCACUGUGUGUACUGAGACUGUUGCUGAUUGUCUACUGCUUCCCUGGCCGAAUCAUUUUGUUGAAAGCAUAUUUGUGGAUAUCCACACCACCUAUUUUCAAGAAUGCCCCACAGAGGCACUGAGGGACCCCCCUCCCAGCAUCGUCCUUGCCCUUGUUAUGACCCCCAUAUGCCUAAUCCCUGCUAUGGUGGUCCUAGUUGUUCUCAAGACUAAAAAUGGAGACAGGAGGUCCUAGAGAAGAUUCCAGGUGCAAGAACAUUUUGUUCUUAUUCCUUCAUCUGCUUCAUUUCUUCUUCAUUAUUCAGGAUGGUAUCCCACUGCGGGAUAAUGUCCUGGUCCAACACUCCCCAGUGAAUGUGCACAUGGGCGUCUCCAGGUUCGAAUAAAGCAGAAUGCAGGAUGAGCAUUUGCUCUGGGGGUGACAUCUGACUGGAAAAUGUUACUGUACUUCAGUGAAAUAAUUGGUGGUUAGAAAAGUAUAUUUUUAAACCUACAGCUGAUGUGCAUUGCAGACCAUUCAAGGCAUUAUGACAAUCACAUCUCCAUAUUGCACAUAUAUGUUUUUGUUGCCUUCAGGAUGUAAAUGCAUAAUCUAAUGAAAUGUGAAAUAACAACAGAAAAAAAAGGUUCAUUUGAAGCAGUCAGAUGUACUGUAUACGUAACCAGGUGUACAAAACAUCACAACACAGAACACAACCUGAUUUGAGUGUCCACUUUACACACUGUAUGAAAUAUUUAACCCAUGUUUUAAUGUAGAUUUUGUUGUUAGUUUGGGGACAAGAGCUGUUUAGCUGACUAUGAGCAUAACGUCUUUGUGAUUUCACUUCUAUUUUGACACAAGUCAUAAAGAUUGACCUUUUAAAUUUAUUGUGACCAUUAUUGAAAAAUUAACCAUAAAUGAGUCAAUCUGAAUGCAUGACAAAACAAAGCCAAAUGAAAGUCGUCCAUUUCGACAGGCAGCUUAUUGAAUAUCUGUUUAUUUAUAUAAGUUAAUGACAUAUACACACGUCUCCGAAGAAAGAAAAAAAAAAUACAUUUGAGAGGGAAGGGGAUGUCAGAAAAUGGAGGUUUAUUGUAAAUGUCCACUUGCAUUGUCCAUGUUCAUUUUACUCUGCCCUUUACACAGAACUGCAUUGUAAUUUACUUAGCAAUAUAAUUACUACAUCAAUGUGGACAUGAAUGAGAUUUGCGUUUGUGUUUUAUAAUUAUUUCAGUAAUGGGUUAUUUUAAAUGAAGGAAAGCUUAAUAUCUAAGAUUUCAUAUCUGUCUUAUAAGAGAAAUUUUUUUCAAGUGUAUGUCUACAGAUGUGUUCUUUUAUGGACGUCUGUACCAAGCACUUCAGAGAACCACUUUAAGAGCCUGUGAAUAAUUUUAUACUUUUAUACUUCACUUUUUACUUUGAUUGGAAAUGUUUUUAUAUAAUUAAACCACAUGUUUUACCUGGA